GUCUGCUCAACAGCUUGUUAUUUGGUGGAUUGUGGCAGUAAAUCGGACGAGUGGGGAACCGGGCGCAGGAACUGCCGCCGCCGCUGCCGGGAGUGGUGCUGCCCGGACAGGGGCCCACGGGGGUCGGUGGGGCGGAGGACACGGGAGCUGACAGCGCGCACUUACCCUGCAGUUGAGACGGAGACGAUAGCUCGUUGAGCUGGAACCCCACAGAUCACCAACAAAAAUGAAGGCGGCGGAUGAGCCUGCCUACCUGACAGUGGGAACUGAUGUCAGUGCCAAGUACCGAGGUGCCUUCUGUGAGGCAAAAAUUAAGACUGUGAAAAGGCUGGUAAAAGUUAAGGUACUCCUGAAACAGGAUAAUACUACACAGUUGGUGCAAGAUGACCAAGUGAAGGGUCCUUUAAGAGUUGGUGCUAUUGUUGAAACAAGGACUUCUGAUGGAUCAUUUCAGGAAGCUAUUAUCAGCAAGUUGACAGAUGCUAGUUGGUAUACUGUGGUGUUUGAUGAUGGUGAUGAGAGGACAUUGAGACGCACCUCACUUUGCCUAAAAGGAGAGAGACAUUUUGCUGAAAGUGAGACUCUUGACCAGCUUCCAUUAACAAACCCAGAGCAUUUUGGAACUCCAGUAAUUGCAAAGAAGGCGAACAGGGGAAGGAGGUCCUCUCUUCCUGUUAAUGAAGAUGAAAAGGAAGAAGAAAGUAGUGAAGAGGAAGAUGAAGAUAAGAGACGUCUCAAUGAUGAAUUAUUAGGAAAAGUUGUAAGUGUGGUUUCAACAUCUGAGAAGACUGAGUGGUAUCCUGCUUUGGUGAUAUCUCCCAGCUGUAAUGAUGACAUCACAGUGAAAAAAGACCAGUGUUUAGUUCGAUCCUUUAUCGAUUCUAAAUUUUAUUCUAUAGCAAGAAAGGAUAUCAAGGAAGUAGACAUUCUCAAUCUACCUGAAUCUGACCUCUCUACUAAACCAGGGCUGCAGAAAGCAAGCAUCUUCUUAAAAACUAGAAUUGUUCCUGAUAAUUGGAAAAUGGAUAUUAGUGAAAUCCUUGAGUCAUCCAGUAGUGAUGAUGAAGAAGGCCCAGGUGAAGAAAAUGAUGAAGAGAAGGAAAAGGAGGCCAGAAAGGAGGAAGAUGAUGUGCCUGAGGAAGAACUUGAUCCAGAAGAGAGGGACAACUUCCUCCAACAGCUUUAUAAGUUUAUGGAAGACAGAGGUACUCCAAUCAACAAACCACCUGUUUUGGGCUACAAAGAUCUCAAUCUCUUCAAACUCUUUAGACUGGUUUAUCAUCAAGGUGGAUGUGACAAUAUUGAUAGUGGUGCUGUAUGGAAGCAAAUUUAUAUGGACCUUGGCAUUCCUAUUUUGAAUUCAGCUGCUUCUUACAAUGUAAAAACUGCUUAUAAAAAGUAUCUCUAUGGUUUUGAGGAGUACUGCCGUUCUGCAAAUAUUCAAUUCAGGACCAUUCACCACCAUGAACCCAAAGUAAAAGAGGAAAAAAAAGACUUAGAAGAAUCAAUGGAAGAGGCUCUAAAAGUAGAUCAAGAAAUGCCAUUAGUAGAAGUGAAGAGUGAACCCGAGGAAAAUAUUGAUUCAAACAGUGAAAGUGAAAGAGAAGAAGUAGAAUUAAAAUCUCCAAGAGGACGGAGGAGAAUUGCUCGAGAUACAAAUUCUAUUAAAAAGGAAAUUGAAGAAGAGAAAACAGAAGACAAAUUAAAAGAUAAUGAUACAGAAAAUAAGGAUGUAGAUGAUGACUAUGAAACUGCAGAUAAAAAAGAAACUGAGCUACUACUGGGGAGAAAAACCACACCAAAGCAAAAGGAGAAGAAAAUUAAAAAGCAGGAGGAUUCUGACAAAGACUCAGAUGAAGAGGAAGAGAAAAGCCAAGAGAGGGAAGAAACUGAAAGUAGAUGUGACUCUGAAGGUGAGGAAGAUGAAGAAGACACUGAACCCUGUCUAACAGGAACCAAAGUGAAAGUGAAAUACGGACGAGGGAAAACACAGAAAAUCUAUGAAGCCAGUAUUAAAAGCACUGAAAUUGAUGAUGGAGAAGUUUUAUACUUGGUACAUUACUAUGGAUGGAAUGUUAGGUAUGAUGAAUGGGUGAAGGCCGACAGGAUAAUCUGGCCUUUGGACAAAGGUGGACCAAAGAAAAAGCAGAAGAAAAAAGCUAAAAAUAAAGACGACAGUGAGAAGGAUGAAAGGAGGGAUGAAGAAAGGCAAAAGUCGAAACGGGGACGACCUCCCUCAAAAUCUGCCCUUUCAUCAAACCUGCCGUAUGGUUUGUCUAAGGCUCCAAACAGUGAAGGAAAAUCAGACUCAUGUUCAUCUGAUAGUGAAACAGAAGACCUGUUAGAAAGGAAUUUGAUGAAUGAAGAACUUUCUCCUGAUAUUAAAGAACUAGAAAAAAAUGAAAAUGUAAAUGAUAAUAAACUAGAUGAAGAAAAUCCAAAGAUUACUGUACAUAUAUUAAAAGAAAACGAUAGGACUCAAAUGCAGCCCUUAGACUCCUUGAAAUUAGAAGUUGGAGAGAAUGAACAAAUAGUACAGGUUUUUGGAAAUAAAGUGGAGCAAGCAGAAGAAGUUAAGAAAGAGGCAGAAAAAUCUCCUAAAGGAAAGGGAAGACGAAACAAGACAAAAGAUCUUUCUCAAGAGAUUGUAAAGAUUUCAUCAUUUAGCCAUGAUGAAGCAGGAAGUGAACCUCAUAUAGAAGCUCAGAGUCUAGAAUUUUCUUCAUUGGAGGGUAAAAACUUUUCUCCUGCCACUGAAGAUGAAAUUGACCAAUGUAUAAAAGACAAAAAGCUGAAACGGAAAAUACUGGGACAGCCAUCACCAGAGAAAAAAAUAAGACUUGAGAAUGGAAUGGAAAUAACAAAUACUGUAUCUCAAGAAAGGACCAGUGAUUGUGCUGCACCUGAGGGAAUGAAAAAUUUAAAUUUUGAACACUUUGAAAUAGAAAAUGAAGGAAUGCCAUCGUUAAUAGCAGAGUCAAACCAACACAUUCAGGAAUUAGCAAGUGGAAAAACUGAUAGUCCAGCUGAAGAAACUGUAAAUACCCCACUAAAAGAAGAGGAGGAUGCAAUGCCUCUGAUUGGGCCUGAAACCUUGGUUUGCCAUGAAGUCGAUUUGGAUGAUUUGGAUGAAAAGGAUAAAACCAGUAUUGAGGACAUAGUAGUUGAAAGCUCUGAGUCUAACUGUCUUGUUUCUCUUCCACCUGCCCUACCUGCUGUAGUACAGCACAACUUUCCAGUAGCUUCACCACUUACUCUCAGUCAAGAUGAGUCUCGAAGUAUAAAAAGUGAGAGUGAUAUUACCAUUGAAGUUGAUAGUAUUGCUGAAGAAUCCCAAGAAGGUCUCUGUGAGAGGGAAUCAGCAAAUGGUUUUGAAGCCAGUGUUGCCUCUGGUACCUGUAGUAUAAUUAUUCAAGAAAGAGAGAUCAGAGAGAAGGGUCAGAAAAGGCCGAGUGAUGGAAAUAGCGGAUUACUAGCGAAAAAGCAAAAGCGUACCCCAAAGCGAACAAGUGCUGUAGCCAAAAAUGACAAGAAUGGAACAGGACAAAGCAGUGAUAGUGAAGAUCUUCCUGUCCUAGACAAUUCAAGUAAAUGUACCCCAGUAAAGCAUCUUAAUGUAUCUAAGCCUCAGAAGCUUGCACGAUCUCCUGCAAGAAUAUCCCCUCACAUCAAAGAUGGAGAAAAAGAUAAACACAGAGAAAAACAUCCAAAUUCAUCCCCUAGGACAUAUAAGUGGAGCUUUCAACUCAAUGAAUUAGAUAAUAUGAAUAGUACAGAGAGAAUCUCUUUUCUCCAAGAAAAACUGCAGGAAAUAAGAAAAUAUUACAUGUCUCUGAAGUCUGAAGUUGCAACGAUAGACAGGAGGAGAAAAAGAUUAAAAAAGAAAGACAGAGAAGUGUCUCAUGCAGGAGCCUCCAUGUCAUCUGCUUCGUCAGACACUGGAAUGAGUCCCUCCUCUUCAUCUCCUCCACAAAAUGUACUUGCUGUAGAAUGCAGGUGAUAAACAUUCUCUCUGCCUUCCCAGCAGUGUACUGCCAUGGACAUAAAUCCUCAAAUCCUGAAAUACAACCACAGAAAGCACUCAACUGGUUUGCCAUUGCUAAGUAUAUCCUUUAUACUUUACCAGGCUGGAUUGUAUCUAUUCCCUUCUCUUUUCUUUUUUUUCUGUUGCAAAAAAUAAGCUGACUAAUAAUUGAAGGUUAGGCAGUUUGCCAUUAUUUGUCAUGUUUUUCCUCUUUAAUUUUUUUUCCAUUUUUUGUGAAGAUAGAAAAAGGGCACUUAGCAAAUUUGAAUUUGUAUAAUAAAGCUUUCAGGUGUUAUAGAAAUCAUAGAUAAGCAAGUGCACAUAUAAACAUCAAAAUAUCCAGCUGAAUAUUUACUGCUGCACUUUCACUAAGAUGUAUUUGAACAUUUGGUGAAUAGGGGGUUUAUGUUGUAUUUUUAUUAUUUUUAUUAUUGUUGUUUUUUUUGUGUGUAUGUGUUUUUUUUUUUCUGUGGAAGCACUUGCUAUUUAGAACUGCCAAAGUAUAUGUUUAGCAGUGUGCCCAGGUUUAAAGGUGUAAAUGGGACAAAAUAAAUUGUGAAAGGAAGUGUAGUUGACUGAAAACUACAGUUGUAAUAAGUCUUCCACUUUUUAUAGGAUUUUUGAGCACACAAUUAUGCAAAUAUUUUAAUGUUUAUUAAUGUUUACAGUGGAAUUGUGAAUAAGUUUUCAGUGGACUAUCUUAUCCCUUGACAAAAAUAUUUUGUCUUUUUUCUAUGUAAUUUCAGAGUUUUUAUUUUGUUACAAAAAAACAAAAAUGAAAUAUAUAACAACAGUGAAGUUAUUUAACAAGAUUUCUAAAGCUGAAAAUUUUGUGUAAAAUAAGGUAUUAUCUUGCAACUUGUUAAAUAUAUUUAUUCAGACAUUGGAUGUUGUAUUUUUAUGUAUUUUUUAAAAUAUCAAUAAAAUUGAAAAAAAAGAAAAUUCUAGGUUAAUUCACUCUUUGGAUGACAAUAGCUGUCAGCUGUCCCUUUUACAGGAGUUUGCACCCAGCAGCUUUACCUGUAUUGAAGGGAGUCUGUCUCAGUCCUUCAAACAGUAUAAAACUAUAAAUGGGCAUCCAGAUCAUUAAAAUAUGUCCUCAUUUAGAAACUUUGGCAGUCCUAGUAUUUAAACUGUUUUGAGGAUCAAAUUUUUGGUUGCCCUUAAGAUACUUUGUCACAGUUUUUAUGUUUGCUGUACUGCCGAAUAAAUUUAUAUCUCCCAAAGUUGAGAUGCAACAACUAAAUAAAGUAACUAUGUAUGCUCUGUCUGUGAAUUGUUCCACAGACUAAUACAUUUUUGUAAAUAACUCUUCCAAAACCAUGUAUUUAAAGCAGUUUUGCCAUAUACAUUAUGUAAAAAGGUGAUUUUUAAAAAUCAGUUUUUAAAUUCAUGUUUGUACAUUAAAAGGGGUUUUUUUAAAACCACCUUUUCUGUGUUUAAUAUGCUGUAGUGUAAUAAUAACCUAGAUGCUCUAGACUGUAUAUCAAGAUCUGAUUUACAAGAACAAAGUCAGAGCCUAACACUAGUGAUGGCAUAGCAUUACGGAAAUCAUUGUUUCUUAAUUUCAUUUACCACAUUGUGAACUUGUGAUUCAGAUUCUUCCAUUUUCGCAGAGAAUUAAAAACAAAAAAGUACUCUUGUAAAAUGCACUUUCCUGUCUUUUCUUUGCAAAGCAGAAAUACUUCAGUGUAAAAUAAAAAUGGAGCUCAGUGGGCAGUAUUAAUAAAGGCCAUGUUUUAAACAUAGGCUUUAUAUUUUUAGUUGUCAUUUAAGUGAUUGUUUUUUCCCUAAGUGCCAGUAACUUGCAGUUGGAAAAUCAGACUUCACAAAACAAAACAUAUUCAAUAUAUUCUUCAGUCCUUACAAUAAAAUAUUUCUAGUACUUAAUUAGAAAAAUGAAAAAAGUGUGUCAUUCAAAUCCAUUUCGAAGUAGGAAGCAACUUAGAUUCAUACAUUAGAUAUUUUAAUAACUUCUUUCAGUAGCAAUUCAUUAAAUGAGAUAACUAGGUAUCAACUUGACUACUGUCCCUUCUAAUCAAUAUAAAACUGGUAACAAAGUAUUGGGACUUUGCUAUGGAAGGCAAAAUUACAUAUUCUUUGGGUGGAUAUGUGGACACUGUUAAAAAGCCUUUAAUUUUGGGGCUGGGAAGGAUUAUGAAUGUAAGUGAAUACUGACUAGUUACUAAAUUUGGAUAUUGCAUGUUUGAGUUUAGCUAAAUUUUGAAUAGUUAGCUCUCCCAUGUGUUUAAACAAACACUCUUUAAAAUGGAAGGUGCUAUCUAUAAAAUCAAGUUAUUUGAAGAUUGUGGAGGUUGCUGGUUUAGUAUGACCCUGUAUGCUUUUAUUGUUUGCCGUGUUAAAGUUCUAAUUUUCUGGUCUUUCACUAAGAAAGAUGUUUGUACUUAAGACAUACAUACUCUGCUUUUUGUGAAAUUGCUUUAAAUUUUGAAAAUCUAUAUGGAUUAAGCUAUUAAUUGGCUUAUAUACCUUUCUUAUUAGCGCUGUAAUUUAACAUAGCUAUUAGCAUUUUGAAAGCAUGUGAACUAAUAUUCAACCACACAUAAAAACUACUAUGAGAAUUCAUUCAUCAACAAUUUAUCGAGUGUCUUCUGUGUGCAAGGCAUUGCCCUAAGGCCUAGGAGCCACAACAGUGAGCAAAACAAAUAAAGGUCCCUGCCUUCAUAGAAUGCAGAGUUUAAAUAAGGUAGAUGUUAAAUGGUUAACCCAUGUAAUUCUGAACUACAGAUGUGAUGAUGUGAUAAGCACAUGAAGUUAGGGCAUGCCAUGAGAUAAUGGUAGAGAAACCAACUAGUUUGUAGGCAGAGGUUGUCGGCUUUGUAAAGAAAGCCACAGUGUAAGUGAGCCCAGUGAGGAUUAUGAAUUGGUUAGGCAAAUGGGAGGAGAGAUGGAAACUAAAGUGCUCCAAGCACGUAGGGAAGGAUAAAUUGGUGGUAAUGAACUGAUGACAAGAACAGACCUGAGUUAGAAGCCAGGUCAAGCAGCACUAUUCAUUUUGCACAUAAUUUUUUCCAAAAUCAUGUAUUAAGCAGUUUUGCUGCUUUAAAACCCAACCGUAGCACCUGCCCGCCUCUUCCUCCUGCUCCUGUUGUCGCCACCACUCUCAUGCCUGCCUGUUCAGAUCUAUCUCAAGAUCCACUUUUCCAUAAAGUUUCUGCUCACUUUGUACCACCACAACCAGAAUAUCAUCCUCUUUUAUGCUGAUAGAAUUUUCAAAAUAUUAUUUUACUUGAAAAUUUACCUUGUAUUAUAUUGCAUGUGUGUCUUUCUCUCCUCGAUGUUUAGUUCCUUGGUACUCCUUCGUUAUAGCUGUAUUUCACAAAGUGCUUGGUCUGGCAUCUAACACAUGGUAAUAUGGUCAAAAACUGUGAAAUGCUAUUUCUGUUUUUCACUAGUAAUCCUUAUGUAAAAGCCAGAUAUUUAAAAGUUGUCUUUGGGGUCCUUUUCAUAAAGUGAUAACUGUUAAAAUGACAUUUGAAAAGUGUUUAGACUUGUUUAACAGUCCAAUCCCCAAUUUAAAAUAUUCUUAAACUGAUUAAUUAUUUUUCCUUCUCUCCUUGUUUCUUCUUCCCUCUUCCAUUACUUUCAUGUGGUUACCCACAGACUUUUAUCCCAUUAUGGAAGACUACAGCAUGUGAUGGCAUUCAUCAUUAGUGAAGGGUGAGUAACUCUUACCAUGGAGUUUGUAUUAAUGGAGAAUUUCUAACAAAUACAUGCUGAGGGCUUUCACAGAGUAGAAAUAUUUUUUGAGUUACAAAAUCAAAAGAUAUUUUCCUUGUUGAGAGCCACAAAAAUUUUUCUAUUCACAUAGGCCCAUUGUAUCUUUUUAAGCAGAAUAGGAAGGGCAGUGUUUCUAAUUUUUGAAUUUGUAGUUAAAAUCAUGAAGGUAUCUUCAUUUUGUAAUCUGUAUCAUGCCAAGUUCAUAUUCAAAAGUUCUAUUGUGAACAGCUUAAAAAUUCCAUGUAAUAUAAUAAAUGAUUAUUCUGCACAAGUAA